AUGUCUUCUAUUUCAGAGAAUCAAAAGGAGCGCCUUGUAAAGUCACAGAUAAAACAGCACAUUACAAAAAUAUUGACAGCAAUUCUUAAUUGCUCAACUAUUAUGCCCUUCAGAUGGGCCGCUAAUAAGUUUUUGUGUUUUUUCUGCUGUUGUUCCUUCGUGGACUGUUCAAAACUUAAAGAACACAACAAAGAGGAGCAUUUUGAAGCUAAAUUAGAUAAUUUAGUGAAAGAUUUGGUUCCCACUUCAAUAAUAAAGCUAGAUAUAUCGGAUAUUUCUUGUAAACUGUGCCCAAAGCCUGUUCCGACUUUAUCAGAAUUCUUACAACAUGUCACUGAAAAACAUGAAUUUAAGUUUGAGGGUCAGUCUCAUGAUAACUUCUUCUCUUUCAAAUUAUCCGACGAUGGUCUCAACUGUCUCGAAUGUGGACAAAGUUUCAGAUUUUUUGGACCACUUUUGAUACAUAUGAAUAAAUACCACGCUAAAACGAAUCGAUUUCUAUGUGAUAGUUGCGGUCAAGGCUUCAUAGCGAAACGAAAUUUACGCAGCCACAUCAGAGUCCAUAAGAGCUUAAAUUCGAUGGACAGCGAUGGAAAAGCCGAUGAGAAAUGCAAGUGCCCGAAGUGUCCAGAAAUAUUAGACACCAAAUACAAGAGGCGUCAGCAUUUGGCUAUCGUACACAAUGAUAGCAGCAAAAAGUUUUCAUGCGACGCAUGCUCUAAGCUGUUUUUCCUUAAAAGCAGGCUGGUGGAACACAAAUUGAGGGUGCACGUCAAAGAAAAAUUCUUCACCUGCGAAAUUUGCGGCUUCAAAGUAUUCAACAAGGAUCAGUUAACAAAACACAAAGUGAAACACGACGACACAAGACCAUUUCAGUGCGAAAUAUGCGAGAAAUGCUUUCAAAGGAAGAAAACUCUAGAAUUUCACAGGCGAAUACACACAAAUGACAAACGGUACGCUUGCAAGGACUGCGACAAAGCCUUCGUUCAAUUCACGAGCCUAAAAUCCCAUAUAAGAGUACAUCAUUCUCACAAUGAUAAAGAAGACUGA